AUGAAGAGUGAGGUUUCUUCAGAUGCACCAAAGAAUCAGGAAAGCCUAAAAGGGGUGUUGCUGAACCCUGAGCCUAUUGGGCCAGCAAAGACCUUCCCAUCAGACGUGGACAUGAUCUCCAGUAAGGUGGGAAAUGAGUUCUCUCAUUUGUGCAGUGAUUCAAAUAAGCAGCCGAGGAGCUUAAACGGCAGCACAGAACAAGAGAAAGGACUUGUGCGAAAAAAGAGGAAAAGCCAGCAGGCUGGGCCUUCCUAUGCACAGAGUUGUGAGGCAAAGAAAAAUCAGAGACUGAUUGAACUUCGAUUAGGGCCUCAGAGUGAUGAAGAUAAUGACUCUUCCUUUAGUGAUUGUGUAUCUUCACCUUCAUCUAGCUCACAUUUUGGUGACUCUGAUACUAUGACUUCUGAUGAGGACAAAGACAACCCUAGACAUUUCUCUCCGGCAGGUGUAAAUACUACAAAUAGGACUCCUUCAAGGGCUCAAAAAUGGCCUCGUCCCCAGUCAGAGCCUGUGCCUAGUAUGCUAAUGAAGCGGCCUUGCUAUCAAGUAAGCGCCUUACGGAGGUCUAUGCAUCGGAAGACUUUUAUGAAAAAGGGUUCCACACAGAGGACACAAAAGCAGAAGGAGAGGCUAUUAUUGCAGAGGAAGAAGAGAGAGGUUCUGGCCAGGAAGAAGUAUGCGCUACUCCCUAGUUCCAGCAGCUCUAGUGACAAUGACCUCAGCAGUGAGUCAGCCUCCAGCACUAGUUCUUCCACUGAAGGAGAAGAGGAUAUCUUUUUGUCUCCAGAGGAAAACCACCAAAAUGGUACAACUCUUCCCUCAGGUAGCAUUGAUGAGGAUGUUGUAGUCAUUGAAGCUUCAUCCACCCCUCAAGUCCCUGCCAAUAAUGAAGAAAUCAAUGUUACCUCUACUGACAGUGAAGUGGAAAUAGUCACAGUUGGUGAAACCUACAGAUCUCGUUCCACACUUGGACACUCUCGAUCUCACUGGGGCCAAAGUCCAAUUUCGCAGACUGGAAGAACCCAGGAGCACAGAAGUCGCAGUAGGGUUUCCACUGUUAUACAGCCACUUAGACAAAGUGCAACUGAAGUUGUGGACCUGACUGUAGAUGAAGAUGACCCCACAGUUGUGCCAUCUACCUCUGGCAGAACGGAGUCCCCAUCUAUCAGCACUAUUUCCAGUAAUACGUCUACCUCAGAGCCGGCCUCUGAUGCUAUUUCAGGACUCUCGGGGUCUCUGGCUUCCACAGUGUCUGAGUCGCCUUCAGUCACCACAAGUAGCAGUACUACAAGCAUUACAUCAGAUGAAACCAGGACUACUGGCACUAGCACAGAUAGUGGCCCGCCAGCAUUGCCAAGAUUGCCAUCUUGUUGUCCUGAGCAUUCACCUUGUGGAGGAUCUUCACAGAAUCCCCAUGUUAUGGGACAUCCUCAUUCUAGUUGUUAUCCAUCACAUAGUCACCAUUUUCCACAUCAUCACCAUCAUCACCACCACCCCACUGUCCCCCUGUCACCUUCUUUCUCAGAGUCUCACUGUCCUGUGGAAAGAAAUGCUCCUGUCCCUCCACCUUGUGGAUCAACAAGCAGUUCUUCUUCCACCUAUCAUGACCCGCAAGCCUUGCCUGUGGAUUUAAGCAAUAAUGGUAUUCGAAGCCACGGAAGUGUUAGCUUUCAUAGCACAUCUGCUUUUGAUCCUUGCUGCCCUGGCUCAUCAUCAAGGUCUACAGUUUACGGACAUCAGUCAACUGCCAGUACGGCACAAACUAUGGCUAUUGAUGGCUUUGCGCCUGGCUUGGUAGCUCAGACACAGCCACCUUCCCAGACGUCUCUUUCCUCUUGUCGCCAUUACAUGCAUUCUCCAUCUCUUCACACUUGUGUCACUAAAGAUGCUUCACUUACAAGGCCUCUUCACCACCAGACAUCUGCCUGCCCUCAUUCUCAUGCCAACCCUCCUCCUCAACCACCCCCACCACCUCAGAUGGACUAUGUUAUUGCACAUCCAGUAGCACCUUUUCAUCCUUCUCUUCCAAGCCUUUCUUCAACGCACCCUGUUCCUCCUCCGCCUCCUUCUCACCAUUUUACCAGUGCUGCUGCCCCUCUCUCACAGCAUUUGUCCACCACCCAUCAGUCUAUGUCCCAUCAUAUUUCUGCCACAGCACCUACAACACAGAGGUUGCACCCUCAUGAAGUUAUUCAAAGGAUGGAAGUUCAAAGGCGGCGUCUUAUGCAGCAUCCAACACGAGCUCAUGAACGCCCACCACCACAUCCGCAUAGAAUGCAUCCUAACUAUGGCCACGGACACCAUAUUCAUGUACCACAGACAAUGUCCUCCCAUCCACGGCAGGCUUCUGAUCGGUCUGCCUGGGAAAUAGCAAUUGAAACUGGAGUGACUGCUGCCCCCUACCAAACUGGUCCUUUACAUCCCCAUCUAGCUCACUACCAUCCACCUCCUAGACUUCACCACUUGCAGAUUGGGGCCUUGCCAUUAAUGGUUCCAGACAUGGCGGGCUACCCUCACAUCCGCUACAUUUCAUCUGGAUUGGAUGGAAGGUCAUUCAGAGUUCCAUUCAGGGGCAAUUUUGAGGAACUGAUUCAUCUAGAGGAACGGCUUGGUAAUGUGAAUCGUGGAGCCUCACAGGGGACCAUAGAAAGGUGCACAUACCCACAUAAAUAUAAGAAGGUAUCCACUGAUUGGUUCUCACAGAGGAAAUUGCAUGGCAAGCAAGAUGGUGAGGAAGACACUGAAGAAAAAUGUACAAUCUGCCUUUCUAUAUUAGAGGAAGGUGAAGAUGUCAGACGGCUCCCAUGUAUGCAUCUCUUUCACCAAGUAUGUGUAGACCAGUGGCUGAUCACAAAUAAAAAGUGCCCCAUAUGUAGAGUGGACAUUGAAGCUCAACUUCCUACGGAGAGUUGA